ACCACGUUCCGUCAGGCUGUGUUGAUGUUUUGGAGAACGGGAAGAGGGAGGCGCUUUUUGUUUUUGUUCAAAUCAAACCGUCGAAAAGGAGCCAAAGGGCCGCUUCUUUCUUUACUUUAGGCUCUUUUAAGGGGCUUAUCUUUGUGGUGGGAGCCUUACGGCUGGUCCGGACGGUUAACAGACCGACACUUUUGAUUCAGAACAACGGAGCUGUCCUCAUAUCUGACCGCCUCCUUGCUCCCCUUACACCGACUCCACCAUGACAAUCCUCCCGAAAAAGAAGCCCAGCUCCGCAGUCGGAGUCUCAGACCACACCGAUGACAGCGACCGUAGGAGUGGCUCUGACCCUCACCAACACCCGCACCCACACACAGGGCGGACCGGAGCAAGGCCAAGGGCUUCGCCUCCUCCGUGGUCCUACCAGGGCACCCCACCUUCAGCCAGAGACGACAGGCGGAGCAUCGAACCCAGCUCCCGGUCUCAGCAGGCCUCCCCGCCGCCUGUAGGCUCCGUGUCCCCGGUGGGGCCAGGGGACGGGCGGGACAGCAGCGGAGCGAUGGUUACUAGCUCUCGGGGGGAGCUGGUGGUGUCUGCCGGUGUGGUUGGAUGCGGCGGAGCGAUAGGAGGCUGCUGUUCAGGGCCCGGUCUGAGUAAGAGGCGACGACAGGCAGGAACCUGCUCUGGAGGGGUGGUAGCUUCUCUCGCCGGUGGAGGCCAACCAGGAGUGACCGGACCAGGAGGAGUGGGCGCCAGUCAGGACACAGAGGAAGGAGCCGGGAACAACAGCGAGGAUGAGUACGAGAACGCGGCCCGGCUGCAGUCCGUGGACCCAGCCACCGUGGAGCAGCAGGAGCACUGGUUCGAGAAAGCGUUGCGGGAGAAGAAAGGAUUUGUCAUCAAAAAGAUGAAAGAGGACGGGGCGUGUCUUUUCAGAGCUGUGGCGGAUCAGGUGUACGGAGAUCAAGACAUGCAUGAGGUGGUGAGGAAGCACUGCAUGGAUUACCUGGUGAAGAAUGCAGACUACUUCUCCAACUAUGUCACAGAAGACUUCACAACAUACAUCAACAGGAAGAGGAAAAACAAUUGCCACGGCAACCACAUCGAGAUGCAGGCCAUGGCCGAAAUGUACAACAGACCGGUGGAGGUGUACCAGUACAGCACAGAGCCAAUCAACACAUUCCACGGCAUCCACCAGAACAACGACGAGCCAAUUAGAGUGAGCUACCACCGCAACAUCCACUACAACUCCGUGGUGAACCCAAACAAGGCUACGAUUGGGGUCGGUCUAGGACUGCCUGCCUUCAAACCUGGGGUACCAGAACCAGAGCAUAACGAAGCACAAAGACACUUAAAACACCAACAAACGCACUCUUCUGUUUUUUUAUCCAAAAACUUGAUUGUGUCAGAGCAAAAACCUGAGGGAAGAGAACCAAAGUACGCAGACCAGUCUCUAAUGAAGUCAGCCAUCAAGACAUCAGAGGAGUCAUGGAUCGAGCAGCAGAUGUUAGAGGACAAGAAAAGGGCAACAGACUGGGAAGCCACCAACGAAGCCAUUGAGGAGCAGGUAGCCCGGGAGUCCUACCUGCAAUGGCUGCAGGACCAGGAGAAGCAAGCACGACAGCCGCGUAAAGCCAGCGCCACCUGCAGCUCGGCCACUGCAGCUGCUUCGAGCGGGCUGGAGGACUGGAGUGCCCGGUCUCCACGGCAACGUGACUCCGACCCCUCCCACUCUGACCUCACGAGCGCCCCGUCGACCAACAACAAGCCCCCAUCCCCCGCUGGAGCCGCCCUCAUCCUGAGCAAACCCCCAUCGCCCUGCGCCCCAGGUCCCAGCAACCAGAGCCGUCACCACCUGGAAUACAGAGCCAUCAUGCAGGAGAUGUCUCCCACAGCGUUUGGUUUGACGGACUGGGAGGACGAUGAGAUCCUGGCCUCGGUGCUCGCCGUCUCUCAGCAGGAAUAUCUGGACAGCAUCAAACACCAGAGCGCUGCCAUGCAUAGAGAGCGUGAGCCAUCGCCUGAUAGCAGCUGAUACCUGGGUGACGCCACGCGCUGACCCCUCCCUGCCUCACCCCUGACCCACAGGCGGAGCUCAAACAUGGAAAAAAUAAACCAUCCAACACAGAUGCACUCAUUUUGUUUUUUAAAUCAUCUGCUUCAUGUUCCCUGCUUCCAGCAUCACUUCCACUUCCUUCCAAUUCCUGGUUACCUUUGAGACGGAUUUGGGUCUUCACGCUGAUCCGGGAUCAGUUCUUAUUUAAAUAUGGACAGCUUCCAGCACUUUGAAUUUUAGUUUUCCUGUCGUCAUAAUCAGGCUGUUAGCUGCGUGGUUCCAAUGAAGGAUGCUCAGCGAUCCGAUCCAAGCAGAGCCUGACUGUCCGACGGAUUCGGUUCUGUUUAGCGCUCAAAAGUCUUAUCAUGUUCUGUUAGGUGCUGAUCAUUCCCAGCGUGGAUGCAGCGGAUAAAAAACUGUGAUCCAGGCGGCCAGGAACGCCUCAUCAUCAUUGCCUUCGUCAUCAGACUUAUUUAGCUGCAUGUUUAACCGACCACAGCCGAGCUCAUCAUCGAAGAAACAAGCAAUUAAAGGAGACAACAUAGAAAAGUGUCAUAAUUAUCCUCUUAAUGAUUGAUUAUUGUUGCUAUUAUUAAUAAUAUAAGUUUGUUUUAUUUUAUUUUCUCAGUUGGGAUGAAAACUUGUUCUGUUUCUUGGAAUAAAAAGAGGAAGAAGUUUCUGAAAAGCA